UCCGUUUCGGCUCCCGUCUUUUGCUUAGAGCAGCCUCGAAACUGCGCUCGCUGCCUACAUGGCGGGUGUCGAUGAUGACCUGGUGAUCAGCAUCAAUGUGAUCCUCCUAGCCUGCUCUUUAAUUUUGCGACGUCGCCGCGCUCGGAAGGCAAGGAGGCGCAGGUUCUGGGUCCGGCCUAGUUGGCGCUUCCGAAACACCGAGGGACAGGCCAGCGCUUUGCUGCCCCGGCUGCGCGCCAGAGACGAAGGCUACUUUCGAGACUUUCUUCGAAUGCCGCCAAGCACAUUCGACACAUUACUCGGACUUGUGGGGCCUAAGAUCGAGCGCAAAGUGACGCCGUUUCGGGAACCCAUCUCGCCGCACGAUCGGCUGGCUAUCACGCUAAGGUUUCUUGCCAAUGGUGACACCUUCCGCAGCCUCUCGUACAAUUUUCUCAUCGGUCGGUCAACUGCAGCUGUGAUCAUCAGGCAAACAACUGCUGCGAUUUGGGAAAGCCUACAGCCUCUUUACCUGCUAUUUCCCCAGUGCGCUAGGGAGUGGAAGAAGAUUGCAGCAGACAUGGAGCUGUAUUGGAACUUCCCCAACUGCAUCGGAAGUAUUGAUGGGAAGCACAUUAACAUAGAAUGCCCAGACAACACCGGCUCAAGGAAUCUCAACUACAAAAAAACAUUCAGUGGUGUUCUUCUUGCUUCAUGUGACGCACACUACAGAUUCACAUAUGUUGACCUGUGCCACUACGGUGGUGAAAGUGAUGGGGGCAUUUUUUUGAGAUCACCACUUCGAACAGUUCUUACCGAAAGUCAUUGCGGCAUCCCACCCCCUUCAAGUGUAGGUUCAGCAGGUGCAGUCCCCUAUCUUAUGGUGGGGGACGAGGCAUUUCCGCUGAAGACAUUCCUCAUGAGGCCAUAUCCCCGCCGCGGUAAGUCAUGCAUUGCCAUCUAUAAACUAACUAAGCAGCCUGACUUUCUGAGAGAUGUGAAAGAUGUGCAACUGCACUUGCUAUACAUUUAUCUAUUAAAUAAUACCGCAGUGCUAAUUAUAAUGAGGGACGAUCUACAUAAGUACAGGAGUGACCCUGCACAGUAUCAGGAGUACCUGAAGAGGGCCACUUUCAACUACCGCCUCAGUCGUACCAGACGCCUCAUUGAAAAUUCCUUCGGGAUCAUGGCCAACAGGUGGAGAAUUUUGAGGCGAGCAUUUAAGGCGUCCGAAGAGAUUACAGAAAGCGUCGUGAAGGCAUGUGUCACACUGCACAACUUUCUUCUGAAAGACUCUGCGCACUCGAGAGCAGCAUACAGCCCUCCAGGCUAUACAGAUCAUGAAGACUGGGAAGGAAAACUCAUAGAUGGACAGUGGAGGAAUGACAGGAGUGGGCAGCCAGGGCUGAGAGACCUAGCUGGCGUGGGACUUCGCCCCGCAAGAACUGCUUUGGCUGUGCGGGACCAGCUGGCUUCAUACUUCAUGAACGAUGGGAAAGUUGAAUGGCAAGACAAAAUUGUGACUCGUGGGGAUGCUAACAGUUAUUGUGCCCUUUCAGGAAAGAAACUCAGAACCAAACGAGGACUUGGAGACAUAGAUGGCCUGGGUGUCACUUUGCAAGGAACUGUGAAACAUGCCAGUACCGAGAAGGCGGUGCUCCAUGGGCUGAUUUCUUGGCUGGCCUUCGGAAAGAUAUUGGAAGCACAUAAGGCUGUGCAAUAAUACUGUACAUAAAAACCUUUCAUUUUCUAACCUUGGAGUGGCUGUCGAAGUGCCGGAUGCUGCAUUAGCCUGUGCGCUCUGCCUACAGAAAAUGCCGCAUCACAGACAAUUUACAUUCAUGUCAUAGUAACCCCCAGGCCAGUUGACACUAUUGUGCAUUGGCCUACAAACAAUAUCGACCCAAAGGAAGCACAAGCAUGAAUAAAAGUGUAGCAUGGGACUGUUUUCUCCUACCUUGGUGGAGCUGCAGAAGAGCCUGAUGGCAGGUUUGUCUGCAUAGUCUGUCCAUAAGAAGAGCUACAUACGAAAUGCAUAAUUAGAAUUUAUGCCAUGAUAUCUAUGAAAAAUUGCAAACAGAGCACAAAAUAGGACGAAUACGAGAUAAGAAGCAAACGGGACGACCGCUCCUUCCCUCGUCUUUACCCUAUUUGGUGCGCGGUUUACAUUUCAUCAUACCAUGAAAUCCUACAUUGCGACUUUGACACAAUAUGUGAAAUAAAUUGUCCGUGUCAGCUGGCAAUGUUGUGCAUUGCGUUGCAGUGAUAUGAAAUCGAAGGGAGCACAUGAAUAUUCAA